GUGAAAUCCCGUUCCAGACACAGAUCGAACUUGGUUUUGUUCGAGAAAUAUCUCCGCUUUUGACAGCUCCAACCCCGCGGAUUGUCGCCAUCAGUUCCAAACUUCCAUUUUCAGCUCCCACAAUGCCGCCCCUUGCUCGGCGGUGGGGAGCGGCACUGCUGAUUGCUUGUGUCACUUGCUUCAUCCUCUUUACCUCGCACCGCAACCUCGAGCUGGCCAGGCUUAGAUUCUCCUCCUCCUCAGGCUCCUCCGCUAUUGUCCACGACAACCAUGAAACAGGACCCGAGUCACCACCCCCCGUCUCUAUACGAGAUAGGCUGCAAAAACCUCCCCAAUAUCCCGUCACCCAUAUGAGACAGCUGCCAUCAGGGACCCCCUCGAGACUCCCCACAGUACAGGCCACCUUCGGCCCCGAGUCUGACAAUGAUCGAAAGGUACGCCUCGAGAGACAAGCUGCCGUCAAAGACGCCUUCCUUCGCUGCUGGAACUCGUACCGCACCAAGGCAUGGUUGAGUGACGAGCUGGAGCCAGUUAACGGCGGCCGGAAGGAUACCUUUGGAGGAUGGGGAGCAACAUUGGUCGACAGCCUGGACACCCUAUGGAUCAUGGGUUUGAAGGAUCAGUUUUACGAGGCCGUUGCUGCCGCAGCCAACAUCAGCUUCGAGGCCACCUCCCGAGCCGAAAUCAACGUCUUCGAGACCAAUAUCCGGUACCUGGGCGGCUUCUUGGCGGCAUAUGACCUUAGCGGAGACAAGAGGUUGCUGCAAAAGGCCAAGGAGGUGGGCGAGGUCCUGUACCUGGCUUUCGACACUCCCAACAGGAUGCCCCAGACGAGGUGGAAUUUCCAUGACGCUGCCCGUGGAGAACGUCAAGUCGCCCCUGAUGCUGUCCUCCUUGCUGAGAUUGGUUCCUUCUCUCUCGAGUUUAUCCGUCUUUCCAUGUUGACGGGCGAUCCCAAAUGGUUUGAUGCUGUGCAAAAUAUUAUGGAGGCUCUCCAGAAACAACAGCAAAAGACACGUCUUCCCGGCAUGUGGCCUGUCGUAGUCGACGCAAGACGGCAGGACUUUGGCAGGCACAACCAAUACACGCUAGGUGCAAUGGCCGACUCCCUCUACGAAUACCUCCCCAAGACCCACGCUCUUGUCGGCGGCUUGCUUCCCAUGUACGCCGACAUGUACAAGGCAUCCAUGGAUACAGCCAUUCGCUACAACCUGUUCCGUCCUAUGCUACCUGAUCAGAAAGACGUUCUAAUGACGGGCAUGGUCCUUGUCGGGUCAGAAAAUGGAAGGAGGGUGACACAGCUGCGCCCAGAAGGCCAACAUCUGGCUUGUUUUACCGGCGGAAUGCUUGCUCUUGGAGGCAAACUCGUCCAGAAUGACACCCAUGUCCAUAAGGGAGAGCAGCUCAUGGACGGGUGCGUUUGGGCGUACAAAUCCAUACCCUUGGGUAUAAUGCCCGAGGUCUUCCACGUGCUACCCUGUGACUCGACCGAUCAUUGUCCAUGGGAUGAAGAAAAAUGGAAAUUGGCCGUCGUUGACGAGGCUGGCUGGGGGCUGACUGAGAAUAAAGAGAACGAUCUGCAUAAAGCGGACAGAAUCAUUAACUACAAAAGGCUACCCAAAGGUUUCGUGUCGAUUCCAGACGCGCGCUAUAUCCUUCGCCCCGAGGCUAUCGAGAGUGUCUUUCUUCUUUACCGCAUCACGGGUCGUCGUGACCUUCCAGACUCAGCCUGGGCCAUGUUCGAGGCCAUUGACUCCAACACAAGGACCGAACUGGCCAACUCAGCGCUGCUCGACGUUACCGUAAAGGAGGGCAAAUCGCCCAUGAGCCAUUCCAUGGAGAGCUUCUGGCUUGGAGAGACACUCAAGUACUUCUAUCUCAUGUUCAGCGAGUCGGACCUUAUCAACCUUGAUGAAUACGUCUUCAACACAGAAGCACAUCCAUUCAAACGCCUCGUUCCAUAAUAGUCCCCUUCAAAUACUCUUGGGUGUCAUGCCCCACGAUCGGCCGGUGCUGCGUCAGGGAAGCGGGCUCUGUAUACCUACAAACACAGCUGGAGGAUUCGCUAUGACUUUUAACUCAACUAAUAUCUAAUACAACUAAUUGAAUGGUUAUUGCACGUGUGACCGUUCAUGACGAAGGGGGGUUUCUGAAACGUGCAGUGCACUCAUUACAACAAUUCACUCGG